AUAUAGAUUUAAAAAUAAACAUUACGGUAUCUUAGGAAACUGUGACGCAAAGUGCGGUUUUUGCGUCUUAGAAUGUAUGUACACGUCAUUUCGAGUGAUAUAAAAAGGAGAGAGAGACGAGAUAUCCACAUUUUUGAAUUAUGAUGGCACACGACAUGGAGCGAGUACUGAUGUCCCCGGCGUUCGAAGUGUUUAACAAGCUUCGGCUGGCAGGACAGCUUUGUGACGUGGUCCUCAUCACCGACGGUGUUCAAUUCAACGCCCAUAGAGUAAUUCUGUGUGGCUGUAGCUCCUACUUCCAGGCUCUGUUCGCCAGUGACUGGAAUGAUUCAGGAAAGCGGGAGUACCAACUCCCAGGCAUUUCCCCAGAAACACUGAGGCAGGUCAUAGAGUAUGCCUACACAUACUCUGUGGUCAUCACAGCUGAGAAUGUGGAGAACCUCCUGGCAGCUGCUGAUUAUCUCAGUGUCUUGGGCAUCGUGCAGCGCUGCUGUGAUUUCCUGCAUGAGCAGCUCUGCCUCAACAACUGCAUUGGCCUUCUUAAAAUCGCCGAUGUCUACUGCGUAAACGAGCUGCACCAGUCUGCAUUCAACUUAAUCUUGAAAAACUUCAAGGAGGUUGCCAUCAGCUCAAAUGAGUUCCCAGAACUAAGUCUUGAACAACUUUCUGACAUCAUCGAGCAGGAUGAGCUUAAUGUCAGAGAAGAGGAUGUGGUGUUUGAGGCCAUCCUCCGGUGGAUCGAGCACGAGCCUGCCACCCGAGAGGCCCACAUUUCAGUCCUAUUGGCCAAGAUUCGGAUGGCUCGUAUGGAUCCGGAAUACUUCAUGAAAAUCGUCAAAGCCAACGAUCUAGUGAAGGCCAAUGUGGCGUGCAGGCCAAUCAUCACUAAGGUCAUCUAUGAUCUUCAUGAUGAACGUCCACGAUCUGAUUUUGAGAACCCACUGAUCCGCCCGCGCUUGCCCUCUGACAUUUUGCUGGCUGUUGGUGGAUGGAACAUGCGCACGACAAACUGGAUUGAAGCCUAUGACACCCGGGCCGACCGCUGGGUGGAUAUAACACAGGGGCAGGAGACUCGCCAGUCCGGCCAUGGCAGUGUGUGUUUAAAUGGCUUCAUGUAUUGUUUUGGGGGUUAUGAUGGCCAUAAUUUCACCGAUGCUGUGCUCAGAUUUGACCCCGUCGCACGGACAUGGCAGCACAUGGCCCCUAUGCACUGGCGCCGCUGUUGUGUCAGUGUGGCCGUAAGUAACGGCUUCAUCUAUGUGAUGGGUGGCCGUUUAGACGUGUCGCCUCUGAAUAUUGUAGAGCGAUAUGACCCAAAUGCCAUAGAGUGGACCAUCAUCCAGCCCAUGCAUGAGGAGCGACAGGAUGCCAGUGCCACCACCCUGAAUGGAAAGAUAUACAUUUGUGGGGGUAGCAAUGGAGCUCAGACCACUUCCACUGCGGAGUGCUAUGAUCCACUCACGGGCGAAUGGACCUUGAUCGCUCCCAUGCGCACUCGCCGACGUGGCCUUGGAGUAGCGGCAUAUCAGGGAAACAUCUAUGCGGUGGGCGGUACCAACGGGGCUCAUCCAGUGCGGACUAUGGAGGUCUAUGACCCUGCAAUUAACCAGUGGCACGCUGGGCCUCCCAUGAGACAACAAAGAAGCUAUUUCGGCAUCGCAGUGGUGGACGGCUUGCUGUUUGCGAUGGGAGGCUCCGAUGGCUUCAAAGUAACUGCAAAAGUGGAAUGUUUCAAUGCAGUGAAAGGCAGCUGGUGCCGUGCGCAGGAAAUGAUUGCACCUAAGAGGAGCUUCAGCUGCUGCACAGUGCCUGCGCACCCCCGCUUCGUACAGUACGCUGCACCUCGCCCACCUGCC